GCUGCAGCUUAGAGGUGGAUAAAGUUCGUCUCCACGUUGGAAGUGAUAGAAAGUAUUAUCCCUAUACAGGCACUGUUUCUAGUUUUGGGGAGUCAGAUUAAAUCGAAACGGAUACUUGAGGUGUAAAAACACUGAGACUCGGCGGCGGGAGAACGACGUUUUUUUUUUUUUUGGUUGAUGAUCGGACGAGUCACAAGAGAAAAGUUUUCUCAGGACACUAAGUUGUCAAGUGAGUUGAACUUCAACAAUAGGCGCACUCACAGGACAGUUGAGAGAUAAAGAGUCUUAGGACAUAUGUAAACAGUCGAUUUUGGACUUUUGUUUUUUGAAAGGAGAAAAGACCUUCCUCAAGGUGAUAAAGAAAAAAACUUUAUGUCCAGAAAAAUGGAAGCGACGUUCUACGACGAAGCUGUGAAUGCCUCCAACUCUCAGCAUGACGGGACGGCGGUGUACGGGUUCAACCCCAAAACCCUCAAACAGACCAUGACCCUGAACCUAAACGACCCGAAAAACUUCAAACCCCAGCUGGGCGCCAAGGCCCUGGACAUCCUGACGUCUCCUGAUGUCGGGUUACUGAAGCUGGCCUCGCCUGAACUGGAGAGAUUAAUCAUCCAGUCCUGUAGCGGGCUGACGACUCCCACCCCGACCCAGUUCGUCUGUCCCAAGAACAUCACCGACGAGCAGGAGGGCUUUGCCGAAGGGUUUGUGAGGGCACUCGCCGAGCUCCACUACCAGCAGCAGAUACCGGUCGUCCACCCUGACGCACAGACCGGCGCGACCAACGGCGUGGCGUCCGGCUCCGCGGCGUCCGAGAGCGGUGGGAUUCCCUACAGCUGCACGGUGCGCACCGAGCCGCCAGAGUACACAAACUUGGGCACUUUCAAUCGGGCCGCGAGCUCAGCGUCUGCACCUGCCAGCGAGAGGCACCCGCCUACAAGUUUCCCAGCAGCCCCGCAGCCGUCCCACAACCACAUGGACCACCAGCUGGCGGGGGCGCCGCACCCUCGGCUACACGCGCUCAAAGAGGAGCCGCAGACGGUCCCCGAGAUGUCCGGCGACACCCCGCCGCUCUCCCCCAUCGACAUGGAGACACAGGAGCGCAUCAAAGCGGAGAGGAAGCGCAUGAGGAACAGGGUGGCCGCGUCCAAAUGCCGGAAAAGGAAGCUGGAGAGGAUCUCCCGGCUGGAGGAGAGGGUCAAAAACCUGAAGAGCCAAAACACGGAGUUGGUUUCCUCUGCCAACGUCCUCCGGGAUGAGCUGGCCCUGCUCAAGCAAAAGGUCAUGGACCACGUUAACAGCGGCUGCCAGCUCAUUUUGACGCAGCAGCUCCAAGCUUACUAGACUGCCAAGGGGCGAGAAACCAAGGGACAUUUCUUGGGGACCAAAUGCAGCGUAAAGGGGCCUGUUCAGCCUCGCAGAGGAGUCUUCAUUUCAUGUUUCCACCAAAUUAUCCGCUCAGGCUGUAGCCGCAGACAAAUAUGGUGACUGACUAGAUACUUGUAAUUUGUCAGUAUAAUGAGUUAUAACGAAGCAGAGGCCACCAAACUUAUUGCACGGAUGCACAGAUGCUCAUAUUACACCUCUGAUGUGACUUGUUACAUAUUUCUGGCAUUUUAAAAAAUCCAUCUAAAACUACAAAAUCAAAUUUGUAUUCAGUCCAGCCAAGGAAACAUGUCCAUACUUUGCCACAAGUUAAUUGACAAUUGAUUGUGGCCCACAGUCUUCCAUCCUGACAGGACUGACAGAGCUUGUGUGGGAUCGAAUUGCAAAAGGAGAAACACAAUGUGAACCAGGCCUUGCCCUGCAAAUCUCCCACUAUGUCAAGUAUAUGUAUAUGUAUGCAUAUGGACUUGAGUCAAGCACUGAGUAUCCCAGCGGCGACUAGCCUACGUGUACAGAGUAACACUUACAAAAAAUAAGUUUCACACCUUUACGCAAUGACUCUUAUGGGUGUGUGUAGCGUUUACUGACAGAAACUGCCUUACUUUCUUAAUCCUUGUGUUCAUACAACUUUGUGAUAUAGGUGUAACUAAUGUUAGACCUGAAAUAACACUUUGUAAUAAUAUUUGUACGCUGUAUUUUGAGCACUUCGACUGUAAAUAUGACAAAAUAAAAUGUUGGACACGCGUGA